UGGGCGGUGUGAGAGCGGGUUUUAAUGUGCGCCACACCGCAUCCGGCUGUCCGACAGACUUCGCCUGACAUGAGUUCGGACUGUGAAAGUUACUACAGCAAAGAAAACGUGUUCGUGGAGGGAUUCACGUGUCCGAAGGCGGACAGUGACACCACGGCACUUUUCUGCUGCGGGUUCAGUGACUUGAAGUACUGUUGUGAUGACUCCAACAGCUUUUUCCCCUACGAGUAUGGAUACAUGUGGUGGUUAAGUCUUGGAGCUCUUGUGGGUCUCUCUGUAGCAGCUGUGGUUCUUCUCGCCUUCAUCAUCACUCUCUGUGUCCUCUGCUAUCUGUUCAUCACCACUAAACCCAGGGGUUUGGACAACGGGCUGCCUCUGCGAGCACCAGGUGCUACAUUGAGUCCACAAGUACCAGGUCCGAGUCAUACCGCUGCCCCUGCUGGCCCACAAGGCUUCAGGAAACACUUCCUGAGGGGCAAGCUGGACUGUGACAACCAGCCCCCGGACCCUGAUCGCCUUUUCCAACGUUGUUUCAUGGCAACUGUGACAUCUAUCAACGUUGAGGGUCCUGCAUAGACUGGUGGACUCCUUUUAUCUUGAUUCCCUCUUUGGCAGCCAUCUACCGGUCACCACUAAACUGUCACUAUUUUCAUUAAUAACGAGUGCAGGUUGGACCAAAUACAUUUUCACUAAAUCAGACAUGGUUAUCUUUGCUUGACUCAGUAGAACACAACUGCUAACAGUUUGCAAAAUCCUCAGAGAAAGUGUUUCUCAAACUUUUUACACCGCAUACCACCUCAGAAAAUAAUAAUAUUAUAUUAUAUAUUAUUAUAUUACCACCAUUAUGGCCGACAUUAAAAUACAGUAGCGUAUGCUGACCCUAUUCAGCUACGGACAGUUCACACAGGAGGCAGCUUUAUUCCUAAUGAAAAGAUUAGUAAUUGCUUGAAUCCUGAAUAGAACAGUUAAGGAACCAGAGCUAAUUUGGUGGAAAAGGGGUUCUCGUGGUCCACACUUCUCCCAAAGGUUCUCCAUUUGGAGCCACGAUUACAGUGUGUCUGAUGCCUUCACUUUACCUCCGCUUAUUAUCUUGCCAUGGUUACUAAAUGCAUACUAAUAUGUAUGUGCUACGUGCAUGAACGUGACUACAAACCAGGCUGAACAAAAUAUUAUGGGAAAUGCAAAACGUAUUUUAAAUGACAUUUCAGUGGUCUCAUACUACAGUUUAUGCAUUUUCAUUGGAAAUGUGGAAUAUUUUGACAGUAUUAUAUGUUUUUAAAGGACUUUCAUUUCCUUUUGUGUCCUUCUAAAGGCAGCUUGCGUACUGCCAGUGGUAUACGUACCAUAGCUUGAGAACCAGUUAUCUAAACAAAGACUGUAGCAGAAGAAAAAGAGUGAUGCAAAUGUGAUCUCAGUUACUUUGCAUUUUUCAUUUAUUAGUUGUAGUUUGGGAGUCGUACAUAUUAUUUGUUGUGAUGUGUUUGUGUAACUGUCUGUUGGACACAAUCAGAGCAACAGUGUUUCUCAUAAUCAACAUACAAACAAAAAACUGUGAUUGCUAAUUCCUCUUAUUUUGCCUGUCGCAUCAGUGCAACAACAGUGUUUUGGGGAGUAAAUGAAAAACGACAAGACAAAAUGACACAAUUAUGUGAUUGUGUAGACAAUCAAGUAUUUUUAUGGCGGUAAAUCGGCAGAAGAGAAUGUUUAGAAAAUGUUUGCUGACUGCAAAAUCAAAAGAAUUGAAUACAGAUCAGUUAAAAUAUGUGGUUAGAAUUGGCUUUAGAUAGAUGAGAUGAGUUGAGUUAUUAUAAAUGUAUUAGAGCUCAUUCCCUUAAGUCCAGAGGUUGUUAGCGCCUGUUACAAUAAAAAAUGUUUUCAAAAUGACAUCCACUGAGAAAUAACCUCAAAACCUUAUCUGAAUGAUGAUUAAUCACUGAGUCAGAAAUGUUUUCACUGAACCUGAGAGACAGACAGAGUGAUUUUGAGAAACAAAUACUAAGUGAAUUGUUUAGUUUCGCCUAAAUUUCCGAGGGCACUGAGUGCUCGAUGUUUGUUUUGUUUGUCUGUUCUGCUAUUAUUGAAGCUGCUGGCUCUAAACGCUGCUUUUACAAAGCCACAGAAUAGGUUGUAAUGACAGGAGGAUGAAAACUGUUGAUUACAAAAAAAAGCUUAACAAUAUGUUAAUACACUAGAUAAGACAAAUACUAAACUCCCACGCUGCAGGCCUCUGGCCAUUGACAUAAUAAGGUGGAUAUUGCAUAUCUCCACUGUACACAAAUGAACUAUCCAAUAUAUGGGUGCUUCCAUCUUUGCCAUUCGGAGCUAAAGUCUGUGCAGUAGUGAUCGGGGUUGGUGCCAAGAUAUUGAGAUCCCGCCCAUAUGCCGAACCGACUCAUUUUCGAAAAGGGAUCAGCUCUUAAUCAUGUUGUGAAACCCCCUUUUAUUUCAAAUAACUAAUUAAAAACAAACGUACCAAGGAAAUGAACACUUGAACAUACAUCAGCAUGAUAAGAACUACCUAAUAUGACAGUAACCAUAUUUGGGAAACAUUUAUAUGACGUGAAAUUUAUAUUUAAAUGUUUUGGUUUGGCCCCAUGUCCUGUCCGCCACCAGAGGGCAAUCAAGAUGUUUUGGUUUCACUUUUGGAGAGCUGUCAUGUCGUCCAUCUUUAUAUAUGUCAGUGUAUCUGGCGCACAGGGCCACUCCACUGAUUGUACACACAGCUCAGUUUACCCGUCAUGAUUAUCUGGGUUUUGAGGCUUCAAAUUUUUACAAACUGGGGACAUGGAAAGAUGUGGUUUACCAGUGCAUUAUGGGAAUUGUAGGCUCUAGUGCAAACUAGGGUCACAUACUAAAAGUCAGGAUAUCUCCCCUCUGCUUUGAUUUAUCUGGUAGCUUUUUAGAAGUGCAGUACUAACCCCUAAAAGUAUGUCCACUGGAUGCAGCUCUGUCAAGUUCCUGAUCUCUGUCUCAUUUCAAAUGUCCGCUGGAAGAGUUUCUGGAGUGGAGCAUGUAAUGGCAGCCACCUUUGCUUGGCAAGUUGCCAAUAUUUUUAGCACAGUCCUCUUGGUGCAUUCCAUUAAACAGAGAAGUUGACAUUUCUUAGCUCCCAGUUGGAAAUUUCAACUGGAAUGCCCCCUGAAGUCAGAUUUCUUUAGGAAGGCAGGUAGAACGUUGCCAACCCCACCCUCCAAAUCCAAUAUGGCUGCUCCACGCAUCAUCUAAGUGAAAGGUGUAUAAUACAUACACUUUUUAUUAAAUCUGUCGUACACACAGUACUAUCCAACUUCUGGCCGUGGAUAAGUUUGUAUGAGAAAAAUACAGCAUAUUGCGUUAUCAACCGGUAUUGUGAACAAUGGCUAAUCUGGCUAGAGCUUGGUUUUCCGACUUGUACUGGAAUUCCCAAUUCUGACUACUGAGGUAAAUGGAAUGCACCAUAGCAUUGGCAAAUUUUGUUGGUCGGUCUGUCCACCACUUGGGUCCAGACUCAACAGCUGUUGGCUAGAUUUUGUACAGACAUUGAUGGAUGAAGUUUGGUGAUCCCCUGACUUUACUCUAGUGCCAUGAUAAGGUUUACAUUUAUGGUUUUGAGUGAAAUAUCUCAACAACUAUUGGAUUGCCAUGACAUUUUGUACAGACAUUUAUGUUCCCCCUGAGGGGACCCUCAGGAUUGAUUGUUAUCACUUUGGUAUCUCUUUGGUUUAGGACCAGAGAACUGCACUACUGAAAUCCCCAUCAGCCUCAGCUGUAUUUUGUGGUUAUUGCUAAUGCUAGCAGAUGUAAGCUCGCUAACAUGCAAAAUUGAGAUGGUAAACAUUACACCUCAGCAUAGUUAGUGCUGUCAUUGUGAACAUGUUAGCAUGCCAUUAGCUUUUAGCUCAAAGCACCGCUGUGCCUAAGUACAGCCGGAAAGAGGCUAGCCUUGCUGCUGAGUCUUAAACCUUGUGUUUUACAUGCACAUUAAAUAUACGUUUGCAGCUCAUCUCAUCAAUAUGAGAACAGAAUAUUUGUGCCUGUACUUUAUUUGUUUUAUUUGUAUGCAGCACGUCCUGUUAUCUUUGUUUUCUAACUUUAUUUCCUGAACAGUCAGUAACUAAUGAAAUACACAAAUAUUUUAUUCAUGUCAACUGACAGGUUGUAUAUACGUUCAACAGUGAAUUUGAAGCUACACAGAAAAAAGCAAAGACAAAGCAAAGUAAACAGAGUUGUGUAUGUGCAACAUGCUCAGCAGCCACAUGACAUUAGGUGACAAAACACUUUCCUUUAGGGUGAAAUAUUCCUGUUAAGUGUUAACAGUUACAUGAAGCCCUCUUAAAUAAACACAACGUUUAUUUGUUGAAUUUACAAUGUUUUGGGCUGAAUUGUUGCUCCAGAAUUGUUGUAAUGAGAAAACCCUUGGCUGAUGCAUUCAUCAAUUCUGUGCUGUGUUAAACGUGAACAUUGCAGAAUGGAUACAGUCUGGACAAUUUGUGUUUUGCUUUGAUGGUGUUGUAGGAAACACCACAGCUUUAGGUUGUAGCUGUAAAUUAUCAUGUUAUUAUCAUGUGCCAUAACUGCUCAGUUCAUUGUUACAAUAUUUGUGUAAUGUCAGUCUGUUUAUUAAUUAAUCUGAGAUUAUGAGGGACCUCAUUAGCAAGAUAUGGCAACUCAAGUGCCUCUUACGAAUGUGUAUUUUCCAAAGUUGAUAAAGUUAUAA